UUCAACGUAAGACCCCGGCGCCGUAAACAAGCCGUCAGUUCGUUUCUCUACCAAAUCAAACGAUCCAUUUGAGGGAGUCUUUAUCGCUUGACUUGCGACCAACCGCGUUGUUAUGACAGAAGAGGAGAAGGAAUUGGAAAAACGUGCUGUUGAGGAGCUCCUGAGGGAGACCGACAGGGCUCGGCUGAGAGCCGAGACGAUGGGCCCCGCAGGAUGGCUAAAAUGUCCAUUGCGAGGCACCAACAAACGCUUCCUUCUCAACACCCUGCGUUCCACAAGCCUGCAACGUAGGCCCGGCGGCGAGCCCAAAGAGGGACACUCAUCGCAUGGUCCGAGUCGGAGGUCCCCCGGUGGGAAGAGCCGCAGCCGCUCGCCUCCAUCCAGACGGGACGGCGGACACUCGCGCAAGCAUCAUCGUCGCGAGGACAUCUACAGCGGCGACGCCAAGAGGCGGGACAGAGAGCGGAGUCACAGACGUAAGGGCGAGCGCGAGAGGGACGUGACGUCGGAUGGACACUCGGCGGAAAAAGACGGGCGAACGUCAAAGACGAGGACGGGCCGCUAGUCCACUGGAACAAUCCAUUUUCCACAGAGCCCGCCCGUCCUUUUUAGGUUCUUGCCUCAUUCAAACAAGAAAGUGCUGGUUAAGUAGCUCAGGGAGGACAUUGGCCCCAAUCACCAUCUUGUGCUGAUCUUGAUGUCAGCUUUCAUUUCAAUGCUGUGUUUUGGCAACAUUCAAGGACACACAGAUGAGCUCCCGCCAUCUGACUUGUUUACACCUUUUAUUGUUUGACGUAGUCGGGUAGAUGUGACUAUAAGUCAAGUCCGCUUCGUAAAUCGCGUUAUCCACGUGGAAGAUAUCUUCCUUUUGAACGACUUCCUUCCUUUUCCAAAGGACGUUCAAAUAUAAUCGCCGUCCAGCCAGCCGCCGAUUGGCGUCACUUACUCUUUUAUUGCGCGUGUGAGUGCCCUAUUACCAUGCUGAGCGCUUUAUUGUCUCUGUCGGACAACUGUAAGUUCACAAACUGGCAGUGGCGGUAAAACCGGGCAAAAUCCACAUGUCGCCAUGAAGUGUGAGGAGACUGCGGGAAGCGUCGGCGCGUGAAAGCGCUCACAGUCGGUCGCCACGCGCAAAGUUGCUAAUUGAGUUGCAGCUUCAUCCACUAACCAGGAGAGGCCUUGCUUAAUGGGGCCUAACGCCGAGUGUACAUAGAGCAAGACUAAUGGCCGGUCAACAUGGUGCGAGCGCGCCGCCUCGCAGCUGCUAAGUGCUGUUAAAUGAGGCGUCGGCGUCAACAAUUGGCCAAAAAGCUUUUGGAAAAGCUGCCUGAACCAACUUUUCGGGGGGAACAAAGAACUCAUUUGAUCACUUUGGCAUUGGUACGGCUUUUAGUUUGCACUGUUAUCUAUCUAUUCCUAUGAAUUCGAUCCUCCAAAUUUGAUUGUGUAUUGCUCGACCUUCAUUCUUUAGUGUUGUCAUUCCCAUUGGCUUGACUCCCAGUUGAAGCCACUGCUAGUGACAGAAAUAAAGGAACUUUGAUUUGGACUGUUUAA